AUGGAGUCACCAUCGUAUUCUGGUCACAAGCGCAAAGCCGCCGACGUGAGCUCCGACGAAGAAGACACACGCCCGACCUCCGGAUUUCGAGGCUUUGCCCGAGCGGCCUCUCGCUCUCAAUCACCCCCUACUAUGGGUGGUAUUGGCAGUGGAUCCCGCAACAGAAACAAUAUGGCCAACUCUCGAGGUGGCGCGCGAUCGCGCGGUGGAAGUGCUACGGGUGGGGCAGGAGGAGCGAACAGUUUUGCUGCGCGUAUGAUGGCGAAGAUGGGCUAUAAGGAGGGGCAAGGUCUAGGAACGAGUGGACAGGGUAUCAUGAACCCGAUUGAAGUUCAGGCGCGACCACAAGGUGCCGGUCUGGGCGCUGUCAGUGAGAAGUCCAAAAAGACCCGCGAGGAAGAGCGACGAAUGGCUGCAAAAGAAGGAAAAGUCCUGGAAGAUGAUAGCUCUGAAGAGGAACGAAAGCGGCGACGCAAGAAGAAGGAGGAGCGCAAGACACAGAGUCGGAGUGGAACAGGGACUCCAAUGCAGCGCGCUAAGCCCAAAUUCCGCACAGCGCGCGAGAUGGAGGAUGAUAUGGAAGGCCUCGAAGUGCCCAAUGUUCUCAAGUCUCUGGUUGAUGCCACUGGAAAGGAGCAACGCGUUCUGACCUCAACUGCUGGUUUGAUGUCUACAAAACAAUUCGUCACCCAAGAAGAAGGUGAAGCGCACAAGAUUGCCCAACGAGCCCGGAACGACCUUGAGGCAUUCGCAGACGAAUGGAAAGGUCUUACGGAGAGAAAGAAGUUCAUCGAGAUCGAAGAGGCUCAGGUCGUGGACGAAUUGGAUUCAUAUCAAGCCCAGGUCGACCACCUCACGGGUCUCAUUGCCGCGGUGGCAGAGCUCGACAUCUUUGAACAUGAUGAAAGCAUCCAGGCCAAGUUUGAUGAGAUGACCAACAAGCUUGAAGCCCUGGAAAAACAUGGGGAUGUCGAUGAACACCGACUACCAGAAACUGCGGUUGCGGCUAUCCACCCGCUCUUUCGACAGGCCAUGGAGGAGUGGGAACCUCUCCAAAACCCAUCGUAUCUUGUGUCCAAUCUUACCCGCCUUCAGUCACUUGUCACUCGCGGCAAGCUAGAUGAGCCACGCAAGCGGUCAUCCACCUCACAUUACGAAACAAUGAUAUACACACUUUGGCUACCACGGGUGCGCUCGGCACUCCUUAACGAUUGGGAUGUCUACGAUCCUUCCAAGGCAACUGCGCUGGUCGUGGCCUGGAAAGCUAUUGUACCCCCAUUCGUGUUCGCGAAUGUUCUUGAUCAAUUGGUCGUUCCCAAACUGGCUACUGCCUUGAAGAACUGGAGGCCUCGCAAUAGCCGACGGCAUGCUGGACCCGGCUCCGAGCAGGAUGGAAAAUUCCCCUGGUGGUUCUUCACCUGGCUUCAAUAUCUGGAUGAAAGACACACUAACCCGAAACAACCCACUGGUCUCAUGUCUGAUGCAAAGAGGAAAUUCCGCUCGGUUCUUGAUACAUGGAGUCUGCGCAAGGGGCUAGUAGAUCGUAUUGAAAUCUGGCGUGAUGCGCUAGGGUCUGAAUUCGAUGUCUGUUUACGCAAUCAUCUUCUACCACGUCUUGCGCGUCAUCUCCGAGAGGAUUUCACGGUCAACCCACAUGAUCAAGACCUCACAGCCCUCACGGAUGUCUUGUGCUGGAAGGACUUCUUCAAACCCAACGUGAUGGGACUCUUGCUGAUCUCUGACUUCUUCCCCAAAUGGCACGACAUUCUGUACAUCUGGCUCACCAACGAUCCAAAUUACGAAGAAGUUGGUGCUUGGUUUUCAUGGUGGCGCGCUCAGAUCCCCACAGAAGUCAAUGAGCUCACCAUCGUUGACGAACAGUGGAGCAAGGGCCUAGAGACCAUGAAUCUUGCCUCGCAACUGGGUGAACGUGCAGCUGCGGAACUUCCACGCCCUGUCACCACCCAGACCACACUUCCCACUCGCGAAGAAAAGGUCGCCGCGGCUACUGCAGCAGCAGCCGCUUCCACUGAAACAAAAAGCAGGGUUCCAGUCGUGGAAGAAGUUGCCUUCAAAGAUAUCCUCGAAAGCUGGUGCAUGGAACAGGGACUCAUCAUACUACCCCUUCGCGAGGCUCAUCCGCAAAACGGUCAGCCGCUCUUCCGCAUCACGGCCAGUGCCACUGGCAAGGGUGGUUGUAUAUCAUUUGUCCAAGGAGAUGUGGUCUGGGUCCAAAACAAGAAAGCUAAGGAUAUUUGGGAGCCAAUGGGGUUGGAGGAUCAGUUGGUGGAUCGUGCAGAAGGCAAAUAG